AUGCCCUUCAACAUCAUAAAGAAGAAGGUCGAGUUCCACGAUGUGGACAAGUGCGAGUGCAAAUACACCAUAGAGUGUGACGGCAUUGACACGUCCACGUGGAACAUCAAGAUGAAGCCAACGUCCAAUGGUGGGAGUAUGGCAAAGGUGGAAUGCAAAUCCAAGGGCGUGGAGGGGAAGGACAUGAUGCUCAAGGCCAAGGACUCUGCUGCCGAAAUGUUCAAGACUGUUGAGGCCUAUCUCAUCGCCAACCCAGACCCCUACAACUAAGUCAGCAAAGAGGGAUCAUCCAUAAUGAUGGUGCUU